AUGCUAAGCAUCAAAACGAUCCGACUACCUCGGCGCUUCAAUGCCGGGAAUAUCAGAUCGAUGAAAACGCUUACGUUUCGAAUCCCAACGAAAGACCUCAAGAAAAAAGCGAAAAGUGUUGAAACCGACCCAGAUCUGACAUGGCCCAUCAUAAAGGAUAUAAUACCCAAGAAGGCUGGUCAAGACGCGUCAAAUUUGACCCUGGACGAGCAGCGGGCACUCCGCACAUUGAAGGGACGGUCCAGCGGGCAGCUUCCCAUUCCAGUUGCGAAAAUCGAGCCCAGUCCCUAUGAGUAUUACUGCACUGUCAAUGAGGAUUCCAGUCAUAUUACGCAGCCACGUUUAUCUGUGACCAAAUUGCUCGUUCUGGGAUGGUGCGAGUUGCGGGAGUUCUACGGUGUAUUUUCUGGUCUGCACACCAAGAGAACAGCUAGGCUCCGGACCGGAGUGAAUCAUCACGAGAAGCUCGAGAAGAAGUCUCAUCCUAGACUCGAUGCGAAAAAGGUGGAUAAGGAAGUGAAACAGGCGUCUGAGACGCAUACAAAGGAGGAGCUUGCAGUAUUAUUUAGUACCAAGAUGGCACACCAAUUGGCCUCUGCGUGGUCUGAGCGAGUGGUCACACGACUUGUAGAAAUGGCGCACACGAAGCAACUGCGGGAAAUCCAAGUUCACGGGUUUUUGAACUUGGAGACAGGAGUUUUGGCAGCAGACGUAGAGGCCGUAGCAGACUCUGUUCUCGUCAAUGGCAUUGUGGAUAUUGUCAGUUUAGAUACCCAGAAUCAUACGCUUGAGGAGCCCAGAUACGAGAGCGGCGAAGAGCUACCACCAAAAUUGAAGCAGAAGAAGUCUGAGAUGGAGCAAAAGAUACUAGAUUUGUCCAUUGUGAUUCCAGAGGCGAAGAACAUCCUUUCCAAGCUCGCUGAGGACCACUACUUGCAUACCUGUGACGUUAAAACUCGGGUUCAGAAUAGUAUACCCCAGCAAGCCUCGGUUUUAUUGUCUGCAAGAGACCAAUGCAUGUUCUAUGGCCGAUUCUUCCACUUGCUUUCCCGAGACGAGCUCUUGUGUUACGAGAGUUGGUUGGAGAACGGCAGAAGAAGAUUAGUGGAUCCGGAUGCGCCUAUCAGCGUGGGAUUUGCGACGGAGCUCUUACUACAACAAUUCAAUACGUUGGCGACUGAUUUCCUCAGGCUUGCCAAUGGCGAGCCCAUUGGCUUUGAGGAAUUCGACAAGCUCGAGCUCAACUCGCAAUCCUGCGACUAUAGUUUGACUGAUUUCGUGACCGAAGAGAAAUUCCGAGAGCUGCUAUUGGAGUUGUAUGGGCCUGAGACCCCUUACCAACACUUGGACUUGUCACCGUUGUUCAACUCAUGGAAGAAACCUUUGACGUUGCGCUAUUUUGCUGCUAGGGCUGCUCAGGCGUUCAACAUGUUCAAGGAUUUCAAGCCAGGCUCUGUGAGUGUCGAGUACCACAAUACGAAGUCCAACAAGUUGGUGAAGAGAAUUCACUAUCCUUUCAGCGAGAAGAGUUUGGAAAACACCAUCAACAACUCCGCCGAAUUCUGGAAUGGCACGAAACUGCCAGAAGGCACCGACGAUCUUUCCAAGUGCCAUUGGUGCAACUUCAAGAAUAGGUGUCCAGUGAAGAACGGCAAGGAGAACAGGAUGUUUGGCGAUCGCUUAGCAAAGCUCCUCGAUUGA